CGAGCUGGCUCGCCCCGGGCGUGCCGGGGGAAGGCCGCUCCCCGCGCGCGCGCGAUUUUUGCAGCCUUCUUGCGGGCAUGGACGUGUCCAUACCUGGGCGCUACGGCUUCCGCAGGCGCUCCGAGCAGAGGGAGGCCGCCCUGGACCUCGUCUGGCGGCGCGUCGGCGCUCUCGUGGAGGCCGAGGUGGCGCAGGCGCUGCCGCAGCCGCCCUGUGACGCGCGCUGGCGCGAGGCGCCCGCCGGCCUGGACCCCGCGGAGGGCGAGCUGGACGAGGCGCGAGCCGCCCGCAAGCGGGACCAGGUGGUGGGCGUGGCCGCAUACGCGAUGGAGGCCAUGCCCCUGGGCGCGCGCGUGGUGGAGUUCGGGGCGGGGUCGGGGCACUUGGGCGUGCUGCUGGCGCACCUGCGGCCGGACGCGAGCGUAGUGCUGGUGGAGUGCAAGGAUUACAGCGUGCCGGUGGCCCGGCAGCGCAUCCGCGGCCUCGGGCUCGGCAAUUGCGAGGUGUUCCAUGGCACGGUGGACGCGUUCGCCGCCAGCGGGGCCCCGUUCGACCUGGCCGUGGGCUUGCACACUUGCGGCCUGCUGGCCGACGCCGUGCUGGCGCUCGCCGUGAAGCGCGGGGCGGCGGCCUGCCUGGUGCCGUGCUGCUACGGGCAGGUCGCGUCGGUCAAGCAGGACCACCAGAGGGGUGAGGGCACUGCCGCGCUGAUGCAUCCGUGCAGCACGGUGCUGCGCAGCGCGAUCGGCGAGGACGGCAGAGAGGCCGACAAGCUGGCCACUGAAGUGCUUCAGCAGCUGCUGUCGGUCCAGCGGGAGGUCGUCUUUCUGAGUGAACGCGGGCGCGGCGAGAAGGUUCCACGCCGUGUCAGAGGCCAAGCUACGAGUCUCUCCGAGCGUUUCUGUCGUUUGCGUGAUGCUGAUCACGACCCUCGGUGCUCUGCUGCUGCUAUCAAAUGUAAAGUGUGUCACCGAGGAUGUCCCUUGCGAGGGAAGCUUUUUGAGUUCUGGCCUGGCCCCUGUAAGCCUCGGAGCCGGAUUGAUCAACGAAUUCAAGCCCUCCCAGCUCGUACCCCUGGACGGGGAUAUUGCCGCCACUCUCCCGAUGAUUUGGGACCUUCUGCGCUGUGUGGAGGGGCGCUCGAUCACCCCUAUGGCGGGCCUGUGCGACUCCUCGCACCAGCUGGCGGUGCUGCGAGGCGUUCUGUAUUGUGAGAUGUGCGGGGGGUUCUGCACUGUGAACCCCCCUCGCACCCUCAAGAAGGGGUGCGGGCGACCCGCCGCAGCUGGACGUGCGGUGCUGUCUCGUUCGUCUCGGGGGCUUCCCCCGAAGUCGGGGUCUGUUUUCCCCGACCUGUACAGUUUUUGCUAAGCUAGAGAAGGACCAUGCCCUUGACAAAAUUAGAAUUAGAAUUAGAAUCCGCUAGCCUCGUCAUGCAAUCUUCGACCAUC